GCGAAUACUAAGGAAAUUGUAAUUUUUAUUACAUAUUUCAUGGAUAAUAAUAAAAAUAGAAACCGCUAGUUGCCAAACUACCAAAAUAUUUUCGCAAUUAAAGAUAUUCGAAAACAAUCGUAAACAAUAAGCAGGAACUAAAAAGUGCACAAAUCAAAUUAAAUGAAUUUCUACAAACCUAAAAUUUAUUUCACAACUUGGCAACCGGUAAUGCUCUUGUUACGACUUGACAUAUGACAAUGUUGACAUUUCCUCAAAUUUAAGGUUAAGUGUACUUGUAUUAUACACAAAAAGUAAAUUUACAAACAUUACUGGCUUAAUGUUUUAUCCUUGAAUAUUGGAUUUCAUUCGGAUGACAAAAUACGACGAUUAAAAGAAAUACGAUGGUUAAACUAAAAAAAGCGUAAAGUACGCAAAUGACUCAAGUCCUGAAGACACCCGAAAAUGCCUCAACAGUUAAAGUCAACAAAUGCUGCGAAAAAGAUGAAAUUUACGUAGGUAAAACGUGCGCUAAGGUGAAUAAAAGUGACGAAUGGAGACCGCUGUUUGUUAAUGAAAAAGGUAUCGCAAACAUUCAAAUCAACAGCACCUUAGUAAUAGGUUUACCGGACUGUGGACACAUGCAACUAUGGCCAAUAUUUCAUUAUUUCAAUUCCACAGACAGAUUAAGACUGCUACCGAACGGUGUACUCAGGCAUUAUUUCGAUCACGAUCACGCGUACGAGGAAUACGAUUUCGAAAACGAGAAUUCAAAAGCUCCUUUCCACGAUUACGAGCUCGGGAAAUAUUGUCUCGAUAGAAAAAUCGAUGGGUUUAAAAGCGAUUUCGCUUGGGUUUGUGCACCGGACGUACAGAAAGAUUGGCUGACGAGCACCGAAUUUCUAAUGCACAACGUCGUUAAUCCAAUCACUCACGCCUUAUCAAUAAUCUGCCUUCUACUCGUAGCCGUAAUUUACUUCAUAAUGCCAACCCUGAGAGAUCUAACCGGGAAUAUUAUAACAACGAUAUGCAUGUGCCUUAUAGUGAGCCAAACGGCUGAUAUGAUACGAUUAUUGACUGUGUUUAAAAAUCAUAUCAGCUUACUUAUUACUGAAACUAUAUGCUACUUAAGCAUGCUAGGUGCCUUCUUUUGGCUAAACAGUUUGGCCUAUUAUAUUUGGAAAACUUUUAAAUCUAGAAAUGUAUUUUUACGCAUAACCGAUGGUAGAAAAUAUUGCUAUUAUUGCGUUUAUGCUUGGUCGUGCACCAUUUUAUUAGGAGCAAUGGCGGUUUUUGCUCAUUUCACUAUGGAUUAUUCUGAAAUUGGAUUUCAGCAAUCUAAGGCGACUUACGACGAAGACAGGGAACAAAUCGGUUCUCUGGGAACUAUUAUAUUUUUCGUUCCAGUGGCAUUUACCCUUAUAGCGGACGUAUUCUUUUUCGCAACUACAUUAAAAAAAAUAAGCAAAAUGCACACUUACGGAAGGAUUCAUCAUAAAUUACGCCACACUUUCCGCAUGUUUAUAUUACUACUCUUAGUUAUGACGCUUCAAUGGCUAUUUUUUCUAUCUUCAUUUGCGAAAUACGAAGGACUCAUAAACGCGUACAUUCUUAUAAACACGUUUCAAGGACCUCUCAUCCUUUAUGUGUGCAUUUUCAAUCAAAAGCACGUGGCUUAUUUGUUACAAAAAACAUAUUGCUAUACGAUGUUUCCUUGCUGUAAGCCCAACCCGGAAGCGGAAUGGGGAGACGAGAUGACAGCUAUGAAUACACUAAACAACUAUUAAGUAUUUAAGUACUUAAACGCACUUAGAAUUAGAAUGCAGGGUAUAUUUGCACGUUUUUAUCACACACUUUUAAAAUUUAAGGAACAAACGAAUCUCAAUCAAAUACUUAACAAUUAAUAUUAACACCAGUGAAUAUCAGUAUUUAGUAUUAAAAAUAUAAUGGAUUAUUACGUUGUUAAAGUUUUAACGCCUAGUUUUUGAUAUAUUUGAUAUUAUACAUUGUUGAAUGUACUUAAUUUUGCGAAUUUACGUGAAAAAUUUACACGGAUUUUUAGAAAUUUUUUCAAAUUUAUACUGGUCAUUGGAAUAUGGCUGUGAAUUUACAAAUGACAUUUGGCAGCUAUGGUGUUAACUAAGGAGCAUUGUUGCAUUUAAAAAUUUUUGGCGUAAUUUAAUUAUUAACAAAAAUUAAAUAUAAUUUCGAAAAGUAUUUGCAAUUGCGAAAAAUAAUGAAAUUAAUUUAUUCUUAUUUAAGUAAUCGAAUAGGUUUUUUUUUACGAAUUUGUACUUAUCCUUAUUGUAGAC